AUGGCGCCAGAAAACGAUCACGUCGAGCACAUAUGGAUCGUUACCGGUCCCGCUGGGUGCGGCAAGACUACCGUCGCCCAGUAUCUUGCCAAAGAGCUGUCGCUGCCCUAUGUGGAGGGCGAUGAUUUCCAUUCGGCCGCCAACAAGCAGAAGAUGGGCGCUGGCAUGCCGCUCACAGAUGCAGACCGAUGGGAUUGGCUGAUCACGCUCAGAGGAGAAGCCGUCAAGCGACUUCAACACGCCAAUGGUGUCAUAGUCACUUGUUCCGCCCUCAAACACAAGUACCGAGACGUUAUCCGGGUCGCGAAUUACGAGCAUCCUUCCGUCCAAAUACAUUUCAUCUACCUCAAAGUCGACGAGCACACGUUGCAGAAACGUGUCGCCGAGCGCGUUGGUCACUAUAUGAAGGAAGGAAUGGUUCACAGCCAGAUGGUGACGCUCGAAGAACCUGAAGAGGACCAAGAGUGGGAUGUGCUCCCAGUGGACGUCAGAGCGGACAAGGAGACUGUGCAACGCGAAGCUCUUGACGUGGUCCAGAAGAAGUUGAAAGAGUACGAGGACGUGCCUAAAGAACUCAGUUAG